AUGCAGCGGACAGACUCAUUCUCUCGGCGCUUUAAGGGGGAUGCGGAACUGACCGCGGCUCCUGCGUAUCCUCGGAGCCGCAGCACCGGUCAGUCCAACAGCUUCGCUCACAGACAAGCCGAUGGGGAUUAUAACAGCUACAGUAACUACGAGCCAGAUGCGGGUGGUGACAAUUUCGAUUUUGAGGAGACCACGUGGUCUCCCGCUCUCACUUCGGGCGGCGAGGUCGCGCGAGAUCGACCCACUCGUAACAACCAUCGCCGAACGCUGUCCGUGUCGUCCGCGCUGCGGCCGCAGAUCUACCACAACUUUCACGACGCUGGCGAGAACCAGAGCGUAGGUGGGGCCGUGCUGGGACUCUACGGAGAGCUGGGCAGCGCGGAAGGGGAGCUUUUGCGGCAGCGUAGCGAGCAGGCCACGAGGAUCCCCGGAUCGUCGUCCACUCCUAACUCAUAUGGCCACAGGGGCCGGUCGUCGCUCGCGACGUCGCUGGACGGAACAGGCAGCAGCAGCAUGGGAAGCGGCAUGCGGAGCGGCAUCGGUAGCGGCAUCGGAAGCGGCAUUGGAAGCAGUGUGGUGGAUAGCGAGGCGCUGUUCGCGGCGAUGCGGGGGCGGCAUCUGGGUGCGGGAUCCGCGAGCAUGGAUGUGGAGCGGCUGGCGGACGCCGCAGGGAGGGACCUGGGGGGGAUGUAUGAUAGCGUGGGCGGCGGCAGGUAUGGUGGGAGCAUACGGCUGGGAGGAGGGGAGGGGCCAGGGGAGGGAGUGCUGCGGAGGGUCCUGAGUCACAGGGAGAGCGACUUCGCUAACGGUCAUGCGGGGCGACAGGACGCGUGGUCGGAUCUGUCCACUGAUCCGGCUUCCUUUUCCGCCAGCUCGUGGCGGGGCGGAGCGGACAGCUUCGCAGACCUAGUGGGGAAGCCCGGCGGAGGCUCUUCGGCGCUGGACUUCAUCGAUGGCGGGAUGGGGAUGGGCACAGGCGCGGGCGGGGGUAGGCGCAUGGGCGCAGAGGAACUCCUGGGGCUGGCGGGGGAGCUCAGGCAAGGCAGAGGCGGGGGAUUCGGCGGAGCCGGCGCGGGCAUGCUGGGGUUCCCGGACGAAGAUUUGGGAGGGGGAGGAGGCGGGGGAGGCGGGGGAGGGGGAUUAGUGGGGGGAGCGGGCGCGGGGAUGAGUGGGGGGGGCGGGGCGGGGGUGCAGCUGAAGGCGGUGUUGAAGCUGGUGGAGGCGGCGCACGCCAACGACGCGGCGCUCGUCAACAGCGUGCUGCAGGAAGCCUCCUCGCGCACCGCGCUCCUCAACGCGCUGCACCCAGCGACGGGCAGGACGGCGCUGCACGAGGCGGUGGUGGCGGGCAGCCUGGACGCGGCGGCGCUGUUGCUGGAGUGGGGCGCGGACCCCGACGGGGGCACGGCCGCCGCGGAGGGAGGGCAGUCGCCGCCGCUGAUGUCGGCGGUGCAGGCGGGCAGCGAGGAGGCGGUGCGGCUGCUGCUGACCAACGGCGCGGACAUCAACGCCACGGACGCGCGCCUCUGCUCCGCGCUGCACUACGCCUGCGCCACCGGCCACAGGAGCAUAAUAAAGCUGUUGCUGGUGGCGGGGGCGAACAUGUACGCGCGCAACCGAGACGGGCUGCUGCCGCAGGAGCUGACCUCGUCGGACCGCAUCGGCGCGCUCUUCCGAAAGCUGCACGACUACCACCAGCGCUGCGCCGCCCCUGACUCCGCCUCCCCCGCCGCCGCCCCCCUGGACGCCGCCACACGUGCGGGCGCGCUUGGGGGGUUCCGCCAGGGGGGUGGUUUUGAGGAUGGGGACUUGCUUUCGGGGGAGCUGGGAGGUUCGGAUCUGCUGGGAGGUUCGGGGGGAGGCUUGGAGGAUAUUGGCGGGUUUAGGCCUGAGCUGGGGUGGUCUGGGUCAGGGAGGCGGUUGGGGUUGGGUUUGAGUGUGGAGGGGGAGGAGGAUGGGGGAAUUGGGGGGGAGUUUGAGGGGAUUGCAGGGGGCGGGGGGAGGAGUCAGAGGGGCGCAGCGUGGCUGGCGGAGCUGAGGGCGCGGACUGGCUUUGAUGCAGGCGACGGGGGCAGGGACGGUGGCGGAAACAGAGAGCUGCUGCGGUGCGCCAGCAGCAACAGCGGCAGCCAGGGCUUCGGGCACAGCAACAGUCUGAACCAGAACCAGAGCGAGAGACCUCAAGCCCCGCACCAGCGCCACUCGCAGCAGCAGGGCUAUGGCGGUGGCAGGGGCAACGGCAGGGAGGGGAGGGGGGAGGGCGCGGAGUGGCUUGGGGGCGAGGGGCUGGAGAGCAAGGAGGAGCUGUUUCAGAAGGCGUGGGAGCAUGACAGGGAUGACGAUACCACCUCACCCACCUUCCCCAUCUCCCUCGCUCCCACCAGUGUUGGUAGGGCAGGCGGGGAGCAGCACGGCAGUGGGCAGGAGAGGGGAGGGGUGCGAGGUGUGGGGGGGGGAAGGAGAGGGGAGGAUGGGCGGGAGGCGUGUGACAGCUCGAGUGAGACGGACGGCGGUGGUGAGCGGAGGAGACGGGUGGGUGUGCGGCGCGCAGGGGGGUUAGGGGGGGCAGCUGCAACAGGGCAGGCCGGUGGGGGAGCAACAGCAGGGACAGGGGCAGCAGGGGCGCGGGGUCAGACACAGGGGCAGGGACAAGGACAGGCGCAGGCACAGGGGGGGCAACAGGCGCAGGGACAGGCGCAGGGGCAGGGGGGAGCGGCGCACAUGGUGUCUCAGCCGCAGCUGAGGUAUCAUCGCACUCUCAGCGACUCAGGCCACCGCCCCUCGCCCUCCCCAACCUCGCUCUCCCCCUUGCUUGCCAGCAGCCCCAGCCACAGCUCCCCCAACGCUGCCUCCCCUGCCGGAGGCUCGGACUGCCACUCCGAUGCUGAUGGACCGAAUUCCCAGGUUCGGCGGUCCCGAACCGCAAGCCCAGCUCUGGGAAAUGCAGCAGGGCGUUCAGUAGGAGGCCGUGGGGGAGGGGCAAUGGAUGGGCGGGGCGGGCGAGGAGGGAGGGCGGGAGUGGGGCUGAUGGGGAGGGGGGUGCGAGCAGGGAGACAUGCGCGGUCUCAGUCUGUGAGCCUGGACGGGUCUCACAGGGGCGGCAUUCCCCUGGGCCCGCAGGGCGCUGGGCAGAGCAGAGCAGGCGCAGAGGCGAGGCGAGCAGCAGCAGGGGGGCCAGCGGGUAGGAGAGACGGCGCUGUGGGCGCGGGGGCGGGGGGUGCCCCUUCCAACGAUUCUGUUGGGGCCGGUGCUGACGAUGGUGUGGGGUUGGAUGCGGUGGAAAGGGGUUCGGGCGAGAGGGGGUCGAAGCUGGAGAACUUCCGUUUGGACGCACAGUAUGGGUCGGAGACAGAGGGCAGGCGGGCACCAGACGUCAGGCCCCUGCUGCGCGUGGGCAGUCUGGGGGAGCGACACAUUGAGAGCAUGCGAGCUGUGGCAGCGGAAGGGGUGGGGGUAGGGCUGGAUAGAGGGAACGGCAGGCAGCAGCAGCAGCAGCAGCAUGUGAGGGAUCUAAGGCUGACUGGUGCGCUGGGUAGCGACAAGGGGAGAGAGAGAGGGGGCGCGAGGGAGCGAGGGGCGGACGGGGGAGGGGAGGUGUCGACGAGUGAUACUGAAGUGUCGGUGAAAACCCCGCUUUCCGCCCGCCUACCGUCCGCGCAUGCAUCGGGUGGGUGGCGGAGAGCGUCUUCAGUGCGCGGGGAGAUUCUGACGGACGGCGAGAGGGCGGCGAUGGGGGAGAGGAAGGCUCUGCUGCCGUCAGGGCAGGGUAAAGGAGGGGGGGCUGCAGCUGCUGCCUCUGCUUCUCCCCCUGCUGCUGCUAAUGCCAGUGCUGAAAAGGCGAGUGGUGCAAAUGUUGCUCACGGAAGUUCUGCCACCAGCCCCAGUGGUGCAAGCACUACCACCACCGGUGCUGCUGCUGCUGCUGGAGCUGCAACUGCAGGCGGCAGUGGGAGCCACACGCCGGUGGGCAGAAGCAUCAGCAGCAGCAGCGGCACUUCAACUGCGUCCCGCCCCCCUGCCCGCGUGCGCAAGUCUGUCUCCUUCGCCCUGCCCUCUGCUGGCGACGAUGGCUCCCCGAACCAGCAUGGCCGGCAGAGGGGCGAGAGCGAGGGCGAGAGCGACGGGGGGUCUGGGAAGGAGGAGACGGAGAGUGGCAGCGAGGGAGGCGGGGUGAGGCGGCAUCGGCGGUACGGCGACCGGCGGAUGUCUCCUCGCCCUCCUGUAUCCCCCCGCCGGCGAGCGGCCGUUGCUGCUGCUGCUGCUGCUGCAGGAGGGCUGGCAGGGCAUGGAAAACUGGGGGCAGGAGGGGAUAAGGAGGGGGAAGAGAAGGGUGAUGCGGCGGGCAGAGGGAAGGUGCAGUCCGGUGCUGGUUCCCCCUCGUCUCCCUCCUCGCCUGCUACCUCCUCCCCCUCCGCGCCCUCCCCUUCCGCCUCCCCGCCCAACCAGUCCUCCCCCCUGGCCUCCCCCGCCACCACCUCGCCUCGCUCCCCAUCCACAACCUCCGCCUCGCCUCUUUCUGGCAAGGUGGAUGGCAGUGGGGAGGGCCGGGAGGAGAAGGGCGGAGAGAAGCAGGCAAAGGGGGGGGAGAAGGGCGGAGGUGGGGACGGGCAGGUGGGCAAAGAGGCAGUGGGGGAGGAAGGGAAGAAGCAGGAGGGUGAAACAGGGCAUGAGAAGGGUGGGAAAGGGGAGGGGCGAGCAGAGGAGGGGAGUGCAGGUAGUGGCAGUGAGGGGAAUGAAAGUGACGGCAAGUCCCCCUCCCCUUCCUCCUCUUCCGCCACCACUGCCAGCACCAGCACCACCACCACCACCUCCACCUCCUCCUCUUCCUCUUCCUCCUCCUCUCCUUCCACUGCCACCACCAGCGCCACGUCAACCACCACCUCUGCCAGCGUGGCAAAGGCCCUGGCAGACUCGGCGUCGGUAUCCAUGUCAGCAUCGCCGCUGGGCACGCUCAAGUGGAAGAAGGGCGACCUGCUGGGGGAGGGCGCCUUUGGCAAGGUGAGGCACGGGGAGCACAUGGUGGGUCUGGGGGAAGGGAAGGAGGUCUUCCUGGGGCUGAACGAGAUGACGGGAGAGCUGAUGGCGGUGAAGCAGAUCAAGAUGACGACGGCGGGCGACGAGAAGGCGAUGCUGAUCGCGUCCCUGGAGCGCGAGAUCGUGCUGUACCGCCAGAUGCGCCACCGCCACAUCGUGGGGUACAUUGACAUGGAGAAGGACGAGGCCGAUGGCUCUAUUUAUAUAUUCCUCGAGCUUGUAUCGGGUGGUUCACUGCACAGCAUGUUGGAGAAGUUUGGCAAGUUCAGCGAGUCGCUGGUGCGCGUGUACACACGGCAGCUGCUGCUGGGGCUGGAGUAUCUGCACGGCUGCAAGAUCAUCCACCGCGACAUCAAGGGCGGCAACGUGCUCGUGGACCGUGAUGGCGUCAUCAAGCUCGCUGACUUUGGGGCCUCCAAGGCGUUCCAUGAGGGCACGGUGGGAGAGGGGUGCAAGUCGAUCCGAGGGUCGGUGUUCUGGAUGGCGCCCGAGGUGAUCAAAGGGGAGGGGUACGGCCGCCGUGCCGACAUCUGGAGCCUCGGCUGCACCGUCAUUGAAAUGCUCACUGGCAGCCACCCAUGGCCAGGAAUGGACAACACGUGGUCGGCCAUCUUCCACAUCGCCAAGACCACCACGGGCCCGCCCAUUCCCGAGGGCAUAUCGGACGAGGGCCGCGAGUUCCUGGAGGCGUGCUUCCACAUAGAGCCCUAUGAUAGGCCGUCCGCCACUGAGGUUUCCCACGAGGCGCUCCUGCUUCUCCCGCGCCACCUGCACGGCGCGCUCAAGACCGUCUCCAAGUCCUGGAGCUCCGCCGUGUCCAGCGGAGCGUUCUUCCAGGCGCGAGAGGCGGCGGGUGCGGUCGAGGAGUGGCUCUUCGUGCUCCCGGAGGACCCCGACCAGGGCGCGUUCCGCGCCUUCGACCCGAACUCUCACUCAUGGCAUGCCGUGCCGCCCGUUCCCGGUCGGUCCAAGAACGAGGGGCUUUCGGAAUUUGCGACGGUGGCGGCGGGUGGGAAGAUGUUCGUCAUUGGCGGCUGCGAGCGCGUGACGUCAGCAUCCCCAUCGGGAAUGAGCUUUGCAGAAGUCGCGACGGCGCGGGUGCGCGUGUUCGACCCCGUCGCGUGGCGCUGGGACUUCUGCGCGCCGAUGAGGGAAGCGCGCAUCUCCCCCGCCGCGGAGGUGCUGGACGGCCGUUACAUCGUGGUUACGGGCGGGCAGGGCCGACACGCGUUUCUGCGAUCCGCCGAGAUUUUCGACGUGUACACCAGUGAAUGGCGGAGCAUCAGCGAUAUGUACGCCGUGAGAUGCGGGCAUCGCGCCGUGGUGAUCGGGGGGCAGCUGACGGUGAUCGCGGGGGAGGUGCAGCGGCACGACACCUCCACUGCUGACGUCAUGGACUUACGUCAUGACGGAGACGGACACGCGCGCGAGAGCACGGCGUCGAUCGAGGUGUACGACCGGCAGAGCGACCGAUGGGAUCUGGUGCCCAACGCGUGGAUCGACGGCGCCAAGAUCCCGGGCCCCAUGGCCGUGCUCAACGGCGACCUCUACGCCGUCCACCAGUCGCGCCUCGUCGUGCGCGACGCCGCCACAGGCGAGUGGCGCAAGUGCGGGCCUAUCCCUUCGCUCCACGUCAGCAGCACGGGCGUCGGCAGCUUCGGGCGGCAAAACAGCGCGACGCGCGGCGCGGGCAUGAUAGCCUUCCAGGGGAAGCUGUUCUUGCUGGGCGGCGCGCGCGACGCGUGGGGCCAUGGAGGGAGGGUGGGUGUAGAGGAGGUGUUUUGCUGGGACCCCGAGGAGGAGGGCAGGCGCGGGCGGGAGGAGGAGGCGUGCAUGCCCAAGGGGCUGGCCGCGCCCAUGUUCAUGCGCCCCAGCGAACGGCUGCUCAACUGGCACGCCGUGGGAGGCAUGGGCGGCGGGAAGGGCGCCAUUCUCGGAGUUGAAAACGCUGUAGCAGUAACAAAGUUUAUAGCCUUCCAUGACGCGUGGGGCCAUGGCAGGAGGGUGGGUUUGGAGGUGGUGUUUUGCUGGGAUCCCGCGGAGGAGGGCAGACGCGGGCGGGAGGAGGAGGCGCGCAGGCCCAAGGGCCUGGCCGCGCCCAUGUUCAUGCGCCCAAGCGAACGGCUGCUCAACUGGCACACCGUGGGGGGUAUGGGCGGCAACAAGGGCGCUAUUCAUGGAUGCGCUGUGCUGAGACUCUUAAGUCAGAUGGCGAGGAGGGGAAGAGUGGGGAAGGAGGUCAAGGCGCGAGCAGGACGAAAGGCUUGGGAGAUGCGAGUGGAGACAGCAGUGGGGGUAGGGUUAAUGGAAGACUCUGAAAUUCAUUUCCUGAUAGGAGCAGCAGAGGGUGUGAGGCAGCAGAUCAACCAGAAGGGCUGGUGUGUACAGGUCACACUGACAGAGCUAGUGGAUGCUACCGGUAUCACCCCCUGCGAGGUGGGCCUUUGGCAGCAGCACCUUGGGUUGGAACUGGGAUACCCCAAGAUGACACGGCUGUAUGAGUGCAUGCGUGCAUGA